GGUAUGGAGACUUGUGCUGGCGCAGCAGAUCCUCAGCCUCAGCUCAGAUCAAGCCAGCAAACCAAGGACUAAGGUCGCACGUCUUGCUGUGCUUUGAAGGAGGAGAAUGCCCUCGUCUUGCUGUGCUUUGUCAGGGAAAUGUCGUCUGAAGUCCUUUGGCUCUCGAAGUGCCUCGAAGCCACUGCAGGCUAUACUGGAUAAUCAACAUUUGACUUGCUGAAGAAGGAUGGAGAAUUGGGGGGGCUGCAGAAUUGGAAGCGGCCAUGAUGACUUCGCUGGCACUAGUUCAGCUGUCGUUUCGUGCUGCAAGAGCUGAGCCUCCAAGUUGCCUUCAAUUUGAAAUUGAAGUAGUGUUAAAAGAAUGUUGCAGGUUGUCAACCGCGUGGGAACAAGUAGUGUCUUCCUGCACCAGCAUCAUUGGAUGAUUGAAUUGCAGGGUCAUUGCAGCUGCAAUGUGGCAUCAAGCAUAAUGAGAGUGUUAUGGAUUCAGUGCUGAAGCCCUCAAGGCCUCGGAUUCUGCCAAUAAAAGAGGCAGGUGCGACAAUAAUGACAGACGCAGUGCUCAAGCGGUCUCGUACUAAUAGAGGAGAUCCUCUAGCAGCCCUUCUAUCUGAGGUGCCAGUCUCGAUGUUCCAGUGCUCGGAGAAAGAAGUGAAAGCUGUGGAGAUCCCUUCGCAUAGUACGGUCGGUGCUGCCAUCGAACUGCUCUCGGCGCAGGAUGCUUCUUUGGCAGUUGUCGUCGAUUCGGAUAGCUGGGAGGUGCAAGCAGAUUCUCUGAGGGGCGCCCCUUCUCUUGGCUGCUGUUUGGGGUUGGUGCAGUUGUCGUGGCUCGUCCUCUGGUCACUGGAGCAGGCUGAUAGAGCAGAGCAUGAUGAUCAAUCAGCCAGCCAGCCAGGCAGCCCAGUGCCGCCUGCUGCGGAGCUGGCAGCAGACGCAGUCAAUCCAGAUGGUGUAGAUGUGCCCCUUCUGCUGGCCUGGAAAUGGACUGGCGAAGAUGUAGGCAGGGAACCAAAUUCGGAUGCAGCAGCUGUGCCCCUUGGUGACCAGACCCCAGGCCAUCACACACAUGGGGAUAGUUUGCAAGACUUCAAGGAGGCCAUGUCCCAUUUCGCAUGCUGGCAUGUAAAGGUGACCAGCUUAGCGCGCACGCGCUACUGGCAACCCUUUCUACCUCUGUCAUCGUCCUCAAGCGUCAUGGACGCCAUCUCGCUCGUAGCGCAGCACGGGCCCUCCGUCAUUCCCCUCAUCUCCUCUCUGCCGUUCAACACGUCCUCGGGUCCAAGCCCCGCCCUCCCUGCCCCUGUGCCUUCUAUCCAGGGCUACCUAUCCCAGCAAGGGCUCCUGUCCGCCCUCAGCAAGAUGUCAGGCCUGCAGUGGUUCGAUGAACUGCUGGCCCAGCGGACACUGUCUCAGCUAAGCGAGAGUUGUAUGGAGGCCAGUGUCGCCAGUAGCAUGCCCCUAGCAGCCGCCCUGCUCCAGCUGUGUCGAACGGGGCAUGCGGCCUUGCCCAUUGUCGAUCAAACCGGGAUAGGGGCCACCCUCGUGGGCCACCUCGAGGAGCGGGAUGCAGUGAGGCUGGUGAAGAAGCCGGGGCUCUUCCUGCAGAGAUGGAAGGUGAGCGUGGGGGAGUAUGUGGGCGAGUUUGGCCCAGGGGUCCGUACUCUCGAUGACAGCGUCCGACAUGAGGCAAGCCCGGGCGAGCAGGGCACCCCGGAUGCAGCAGGGCAGCUCGAAGCAAGUUCGAGCUCUCGCGUUGCCGAAGCAGAUCAAGGAGGGACGGAGGGGGCUUCAGAAGAGCAUGGGGCGCUCGUGGCAGGUCGGGGAGCUACGGUUAGCAGCGCUUUGCAAGCCAUGGCUCAGGGAGGAUACACAUAUUUGUUUGUAGUUGGAGGCGCAAACGAGCGGCUCCGCGGAAGAAGGAAUGGCACGGAUGUCAACAAGAUGUCCCCUCGAACCCCACUCGAGGGGACUACGCAUGCCAGGGACGCCACCAGAGAGGCGAGCAGCACGGGCCAGGAAUCGAGGGAUGCAAGUGGCGAAGUUUCGUACGUCCUUCAUGCGAAGGACUUUAUUUCGUUGCUUUCUCCUACGUCAAGCCUCGAGCUCGGUGUCCAAUGGAAAGGUUUCUUCGAAAAUGCUCUAGGGCUAUGUGGGGACGUGGAGAGAACUCGGAAAACCUUUUUCAAAGAUGAUUCGUCGGAAAGCAAGUAGUCGCGUUACAUUGGAUCUGACUUUGGAAAGAUUGUGCUACACGUUGAUUGAAGACAGGUCGGACGCUUGGUAGUUCAUGGAUUUGCGAUGAACCCCCGUCAGCCUGUUACAACUAAAUGGUCAGACAUGCGAGGAGGAGCACUCCCUUAGCUGAGAGGGUAUGUAGCUUGGCUGAGGUGACCUCCAAACUCGAAAAUAUGCAUUAAACAUCUGGCGCCCGACACAAGGUCACUACAUACAUCGAGGCGGCUCAAGUUGAAGCAAAAGCUUGCAUUGGCCUGAAGGCUUUUCGACCUAAUUGCAGUGGAGACCGGACAAUGCGCUCCAAGUCUUCUGACUUAGUUUUGCAUUAAGCCAAGAUAAUUUAGCUAGG